UACACAUCAAAUACUAAUAAAUGAAGUGUUUAUUUAAUAUUGAUCCAAUAUUUACCAAUUUUGUAGAAAAGUAUCAAAAUUUUUAAAGUGAUCAUGAACUUUGUAAAUAUUUCAGCAAACACAUUUGGAUACAGAUACAAAAACUUGAAAAAUAUUUACGAUUUUAAGGUAUAAUUUGAUCCAAGAUUUUUACAACAGACUUUUAAGAAUCGAUACCAAUGUGAUAAAAACAAUGGAUUGAUGAAACAAAAUGAUAGUAUGGAUUUUAGAUACAUUUUUACUUUGUAGUAGACAGAAUAAAGUGUGACAUAUUUAGCCUGAAUUUGGCUCGGUCUUGACAUUUAAAUGAACUAAACAUAAAAUUUUGACAGGAGUAUUGAUGAAAAAUUGUGGGUUUGGACUAAAAUGUUGUAAUGCAGGUACAAAAAUUUAACAACGAAAGACCAGUUCUGUGUGCCAUUAAGCAAAGGAAUUAAAUGAUUGUGCUGAAAAUAAAGAUACUUUUGUGAUUGAAAGCAAAGUAAAUUUUUUGGUAUUCGGUAAAUGCAAUGCGGUUUAUUUUGAAAAAUCUUUUGAAGUACUCUAGUUAGCAAUGCAGAUAGUACAAAGUAGAUCUUUGAAAAUGAUUUAUUGUCUGUUUUUAUGGUGCUGUUCUAUUCUACUUAACUCUUUGACAUUUUACAAUCAAGUAUUGUUAGACCAUACUUCGGUAAACUUUUGAAAGUGAUUUGACCGUGGUUCACUUGGUAAAAUUGGGACAUAAUCAGUUAAAUCAUGUUUAGAAACAGCCAUAGGAUUAAAAGUUAAAACGUUUAAGAAGAGUGACUGUCGACACAUGCAGGUGAAGUAUUAAAACUGAAAUAACACUAUUAAAAAAAAGACAUUUUUUACGUUUUUGCUUGUGACUAUAGGACUAGAACUGUAUUAAGGUUUUGUAGUCCUAUGUGAUGGAUAUACGGACAAAAUUAGUAUGAGAAAUACACAUUUUAACAUUUUGGUAUUUACUCUUCAGGUGAACAAAAUAGUGUUUCCUAGUUAGUCACAACAUUUAUGCAUAAUUUGACAUUAAUAAACAAGAAAAACAUUUUUCUUAACAAAAUGGAAUUCAUCGCUUUGAGUUUGAACCAAGGUGCAAGUUAUGGUAAAUUCAGCAAAUAAGGAUUCCCGGCAGCUAGCCAGUAUGGACAAUACUCCUAAGCUGCCUCCGCUGGCAUGUGCACAGGUUUACUCAGAAAAUCCUUAUGAGAUUGACCUUUCGUUUAGAAGUUGUGAUAUUCUUGCUUUCAAAGAACAACAAAGGCGUCGUCGUAACCAAGGCUACAGAAGUACAUUCCAGUCUUACGCAGAAUGGGAGAAGAACUUCCCUUAUGUGUCUGUGUCAGAGAGUUCAGAGUCCUCAGAUUCAGACUCGGAUGAUAAGAAAGACAACAAGUUACAGGACCAGAUACAGAAAACAACACAGCUUGUAUUUGUAGAGAAAGAUGGCAAAGCUGUUGCCCAGUUGAAGGCCCCUAUCAACAGUCUGUUCCCUCGGGAGCUUGGGCCACAGCAGGCAGCAAGAUGGCCAGCAGACAUACAGGUUAUAGACCGAAGAAUAAAACAUAUUCCCUAUGUUCCAAAUGAACCCGAAGCAUUCUACAAAGUCACUGGACUUGAGAAAACUCCGAUGGUACGAGGGGAAGAGAGAGGUGGCAGACUGGUGUUCAUGUACGAGCCUCGAAGUACAUUUUUUGUGCGUUCACGUGUUGGUGGAAUCAGAACAGGGCCAGAGCAAUGUGCCGUCAGCAUAGAUCGCUCCGUCAAUGAUACAACAUUAAUAUUUGAGUCAAGAUUUGAAAGUGGCAAUCUAGCAAAGGCAAUACAAGUUGGGGAAUAUGAGUAUGAGCUGUGGUUGCGCUAUGACCUGUACACCAACAAACACACACAAUGGUUCUAUUUCUCUGUAUCAAAUACAAGACCUAAUGUAUCAUACAGAUUCUCUAUUGUCAACUUUAUGAAGCCUGACAGUCUGUAUAACUAUGGUAUGAAACCAUGUAUGUACAGCGAGAAAGACGCACUACAGAAGAAAAUUGGUUGGCGAAGACAUGGGACCAAUAUCAAAUACUACAGAAAUAAUAUCAAAUACGAAACUUCAAAAGGAGACAGACCAUUUUAUUCAUUAACAUGGAGUACAGAGUUUCCUCAUAAAGGGGACACAGUGUAUUUCUCUCAUUGUUUUCCAUAUACAUACACAGACUUACAAGACUAUUUGUUAGAUCUAUCCAAUGACCCAAUAAAGUCAAAGAUAUGUAAACAAAGAGUGCUAUGUAGAACUUUAGCAGGAAAUCUAGUCUAUUUGUUAACUAUAACUUCGCCAUCAACCAAUCCAGAGGAUAUUAAGCACAAGAAAGCAGUAGUAUUGACAGCGCGGGUACAUCCUGGGGAGAGUAACGCUAGCUGGAUGAUGAAAGGUUUCCUUGACUACCUCACCAGUAACUCAGCUGAUGCCAAGUUACUACGAGACACAUUCAUCUUCAAAAUCGUGCCAAUGUUGAAUCCUGACGGUGUUAUUGUCGGGAAUUAUCGGUGCUCCUUGGCUGGACGAGAUCUCAACCGGAACUAUAAAACAGUGCUCAAAGAUGCCUACCCCACUGUUUGGCACACCAAACAGAUGAUCAGGAGAUUAUUACAAGAACGUGAGAUUGUAGCAUACUGUGAUUUACACGGUCACAGCCGACGUCAGAAUGUGUUCAUAUAUGGCUGUGAAAACAGACAUAACCCAGAGAGGCGUCUACGGGAGAGAAUCUUUCCUUGUAUGCUGCAGAACAACUCACCAGAUAAGUUUCACUAUGAGGCCUGCAAGUUCAAGAUACAGAAGAGUAAAGAGGGGACUGGUAGAAUUGUCAUGUGGAACAUGGGUAUCAUGAACAGUUAUACCAUGGAGGCAACAUUCUGUGGUUCAAGUCUAGGCAAGAAGAAGGGUUAUCAUUUUACUACACGAGAUUUCGAGGAGAUGGGGUACGACUUCUGUGAUACACUUCUAGAUUACUGUGAUCCUGACACUACUAAGUGUGCUAAUGUGUUGUAUGAUCUGGAAGAACAUCUUAAGCAGGAGAUCAGAGUGAAACUACAACAGAAAGGUGUUAAUCUAGAGAAUGUUGAUCUCAAUGUGGAUGAUCUCUCUGCAUUUGAACUAGAGUCUAGUGAUGGUGGAUCAGACAGUUCAGUUUCUGACGGACCACCUGUACAUCUACAGUUCCAACCACAAAGGGAAGACAAAGGGACUGCGAUGGAGGUGUGUCUUGUAUCUAGUUUGGACAUUAGUACACAAACUAAUGUUCCCAAAAAGAAGAAGAAACUGAAAUCAAAGAAGGAGAGAGACAGAUUGAAAGAAGGAAAAGAUGCAGGCAAGAAAUCUGGGGAUAACAAAGAAAAACCCACUAUUGAGGACUCUAACCAGCGUAAGCCCCUCAGUGGUCAUCAAACGUCACAUGCUAAACAGGAAAAGCAUCUGAUACAUAAUGAUUUGAUGCAGUAUAGUGGGAAUGCUCCUGAUAGACCUUGUCAGAAGCAAAAUGCACAGGUUCGUUACAUGCAGGGGUCACCAAAACGACCCAAGUCACAUGAUGAUCGUGCAAACAGCGAGACACGUUCAGCACGUAGCGGUGCAUCGGCAACAAGGGAAAACACAGAAGAACAUCAGCUGAAGCCGCCAAGAAAGUUGUUAGAGACAGCAAAAUGUGAUGCAGAGGAUACGCAAGCCCUAGCAGUGAGCCUGAACAGUAGUAACACGCCACCUAACAUAAACACAUCGCCGAUGUCGGGGGACAAUUUCUUUCAAACAGUAGGCUUAAUGAAACAGCAAGAAAAUACAAUAAAUGCAUUUUCCAAUGAGUAUCUGGAGAACCUAACAGCUGCCUACCUGAGAAAAGGAAUUUUACAGAACCAACAGGAUCAAGCAGCAAGACGGUUACAGGGAAAAGCUCCGGCACAUUUACGAUAUUCAGGGAAUUCUGGGAAGCCUUCCGGUUUGCCGUUCAAUAUGGAGGGUUUGUGUCCACACCAUGAACAGGCCUUUGCUGCACAACUGAUGGCCCAGCAACUUCAAAAUAUGACCGGAGGAAGCCUUCUUAGGGAUCCCAAUGAGAUUGAUGCUGAAGCAUCACAUUAUACCCCAAGUAACUGGCUGCAGACAGGUAUACGAGGCCAGCCUAAGAGUAUAAGACCUUUCGAACAAAAAACUCAAGAUGAAAUCAUGACUAGAAUACUGGGAAUGCCCUCAGUUGUAGGCAACUCGUUUGUAAGGGUAUGGAAAGACUAUCUGCAGAAACAACGCGGCAUGCCGCCAAAACUCCAACGAAUUUCUCCAAUGAUCGGAGAAAACCAUACUGUUGUGUGGCGAGAAAUGAAUAUGGAGGAACUGAUGGCAUCUGGAAUGUUGAGUUCUUCAAGUGCAUCUCAGACAGAGCGCCGCUCAAGCCGUCACCACAUUCUGGAGGUGUCAGAAGCUCAAAAACGUCAAGAGUUGCUGCAACAACAACAGUUGCAGGUCAAAAGGCCAGAAAAAAGUGCUUCCAAAACUCAUGCAGAUGACAAAUUAGGUGGAUUGUCCAGUCGCCUGCGUGCCCAAAUACCAUCCGCAACAUUUGUCAACUACGACACAUUCAAGAUCUCACAGAUGAAUAUUGACAAGGACGGAAAGACGACGGAGGAUUCUGCAAAGGAUGAAGAAACUAAAGAAAAAGUACUGGACUGGUGUUUCAAGUGGCUUCCAGAGGGAUAUUUAGAGGGAGAUAUAGCGGAUGAGGCUGCUAGAAAGGAAAGUCAGGGCCACAAUAAAGGUCAUAAACACAGUGGACGCAAAAGUCGAAUGGGUAUGCAUGAUUCUGAUGAUGAGGAAACCAAGAGAGAAGGCCCUGAUUAUGUACAGGAUCCACACAGCCAUAGACCACCAAGGGUGAAGUCUGCGAAAGCCGGAGGAGAGGAAAUUAAUAGUGCAAUACAGAGUAUAAAAGAUCUACGCCAGUCACUCACAUUGUCAGCUGCCAAUACAAACCUCAGUCCUACUGCAGGGAACUACAUUAAGAAGUUACUGAAACAGGAAUUGAAACAAACUGAUGAUGACAUUGAUGAAAUCACUGCCAGACUUCAGCUUAACAUUGAUGAAAAACAGAAACAGUAUGAUGACUUGAUGCAUCAAGCUAAUUCUAAAGAAGGCUCAAACAAAGCCGAUGUUUCUUCUCAUCGAGAAGAUUCUAAAAUACGUUCAGCUCCAACAGGCUCAGCUAAAAAUCGAAGUAACAAUAAUAGAGCAGAGAAAUCAGAUCACACUGUAAGCGCACAAGUGAAAAGUAAAACGGAGAAAAAAGAUGUGCGGAAAACAGAACGUGUUGAUAAUUUAGAUAAUCUGAAAAAUUUGAAAUCAGUGACGAGUGUUAACGGAAAUGUUGCUAGUGAUAACAGCAGACUUGUUGAUGCCUAUCAUCUACCAGAUUCUACUCAACAUGGGCAUAAUAAACAAGAGGGUUUUCGAGGUGGAAAGUUAGACUCCGAAAAUGGCCUUGGAAAAUUAAGCAAACUUACAAAAGUAGAGUCCUCAAUCAAUGGUAAAUCAGAACUUCACUACAGCUCGGCAACAGAUUUGUCUCAGGCACAGCCGUAUCAGUCUAAUGGGACGACAAAUGGUUUGAAAAAGAAGACAAAUCCUGUGGCACCUCGUAGUGCCAGCAGCAGCAGUAGUAGAGAUGAAAGCGAUCCAAAAAGUUGGAGCGAAAGAUUUGAAAGAUUUAUGGAUAAAGACAAGUCUGAGCCAUCUCAAAGAGUGAAGUCCGCUAAGAACAGUCGUCAAGUCGUAGGUAAGCGCUUCUACAUACAAAAUAAGUAUCCUAAACGGCACCAACCUGCUAUGAACAUGCUGAAAAUUGAAGGCGCUACAUGCACUCCCGCUACCAUGGCACCUGUUGCCUCAUCACCCUCUCCAACCCCGCGAUCUGUCACCUCAACGCAGUUGAACCCACUUUUAGAAACAAUUCCAACAAAAAUCUCGCUAAUGAUAACACACGACCAUGACGACAGUCCUUACGCUGGUAAUCAGUUCCUGCCGCUGUCUAGGACUGUACGAGGCACGUACAACAAGUCUGCACAGGUUCAGCCGAAACGCAAAUAAAAAUACAGUUACCUACAACAUUUAAAUUAUCGUAACUGGUUUGCCAGCUCCAACUCUAAAAUUGGGUUAUACAGUCAUCUGAAUUGGAAAAUAGUGCUUGCAGGUUUGACACACUGUGAAAUGAUCGUUUAUAUUCAUGGGGAACCAGUUUUUAUGGUUGUGUCAAUCCAUGAAAUUAAAUGCCAGUGGACAAGUAAAAUUCCCAUUCAUGUGAAGUUUCAUGCGUACGAAAUUAAAUUGUUUGACAUACCAAAUGCUGCCUUACACUGUACUGUGCUAAUGUACAUUUAUUAUGCAAAAUGCAUUAUGUACUGUGAUGGAAUGAUCAAAUACUGUGAAAUCAUUAUAUUCAUUUGGGAUUCACGGUUGAAUGAACCCACUAAAUUAAAUCUCAGCAACCCACUAAAUUAAAUACUUUUUCUUUGAAAUUUAAAUGUAAAAAAUCAUUUACUAACCAAAUACAUGUUUUAGCAGAAGUCUGAAGAUUUUAAGCAACAUUACUAAAUGUUUUCACAAUAUUCAAUACCAUUGUUAAGUCCUGCCUUGGGAUGAAUUAUUUCAAAUAUUGUAGGAAAGUGUUACAUGUGUCACUGCCAUCAAGGUAUUAAUGUAAACCUUCUGACCUGUGACAAAAUCAACAUGAAGGUUAAGGACCAGUAAUGACAAUCAGCAGUUUCCAUUCCGUUCUGUAUGCUCCAUUAUACUAUUACAAUAUUUUCCAGUUGUUGUGAAAUAGCAAUCUGUUACAGUCGGGGCAACAAAAUAACAUCAUGUGAUUGGUUGGAAAUUGCCGGUUGUCAGAACAGUUCCAUAUCCUAAAGCUUUUAUUCACAUUAAAUGAAUCUGAUUCAGCCAUCGUGCCCUAGGUUUUCACCUUAAUACAUUAAAUGUAUACAGUGGAAACUCUAAACCAGAGUCUGUCAGUAGCAGACACCCCACUGAACUGAACAUGUUUUGGGCUGGAAUAAGCUAAUUAUAAAAAAAUAACCUGUCUAAACUGAAAACUCCUCAAAACUUAUCUUCUCAUUUGGUCCAUACAGUGGUCAGCUAAGAAGGUUUACACUAAAGAAAGAACCAGCAUGCAGGUUUCAUACUAAGGCAAUUAUUGUGAUAAGGAAACUGCUCAACUUAAUACAAAUGUAUUUUUUAUUAUGUUUCUAAAGAGAUUAUGUUUUGAGAGUGCAAUGCAAUAAUGGUGUAGCUAAAAAGGGUGUAUAUCUUUUUUUGCAUUGAACUCGCAAAUAUUGUUAUGUAACUGCAUUUAAAUGUUAUGGUUUAAAAAUACUUGUAAAUUUAUCUUGUGCCUUAUUAGUUUUAGGAAAUAACAGUGAAUAUGUCAUUCAUAAGCCAUAUAUUUUUAUAAUAAUAUUAUAUACUUCAUAAUCUGUGAUUUUCGUUGUUUCUUUGUUUGUUUAUAUUUUCAUAUUUAACAAUACUUUCAUGAUACACAUGCCAGUAUUGAACAUAUAAUUGAGCCGCGCCAUGGGAAAACCAACAAAGUGGGUAUGCGACCAGCAUGGAUCCAGACCAGCCUGCGCAUCCGCUGUUCGCUAAGAGUUUCUCCAAUUCCAAUAGGCUUUAAAAGCGAACAGCAUGGAGCCUGACCAGACUGCGCGGAUGCGCAGGCUGGUCUGGAUCCAUGCUGGUCGCAAACCCACUAUGUUGGUUUUCUCAUGGCACAGCUCAUAUGAUUACAUUCUGUCUUAUUCUGUGCCAAUAUUUUAUUAAUUCUUAUACAGCUCUGGGUGGCAAACCUGUCUCGGAACUCCAGUCUCUGAUUGGUUGUUUCUGAACACAGUUUUGAAAUUGACCAAUGGCUAAGCAGAUAUGUUAUCUUGGAUCUAUGUCUUGUAUUAAAUAAUGUUUGAAAGAAAUCAGCUUCUUUUUAAAAUAUUUUAAAAUACAUUUUACAAGUAACCAGUUAUUUUUUUGUACAUUUUAGUUUGUUUUAAAUUAGUAAGACUUGCAUAAUACCAGUUUAAUUUAAAGGUUGUUCAUAAAAUUCAGUCUGAAAUUCUGAGUUUGGGAAAAUUUUAUAACAAGACCUUAGAUUAUUUAUGUAAAGAAUUAUUUUAUGUUGUUCUUAGUUAUACACUUAAUUGUUUAUAAAUUAGAAUCUCUUAAGUGGUAAUAAUUCCUGCCUUAAUUUCUGUCUUUUAUUCACUGGCAACAUAAAUCCGCUAUCGUAUAUUUAGCAUAGAUGAUAGAAUUCUCAAUCGCUCAUAAACGAGUUUAAAUAUCUAUUGAUUUUUUACAUCAUUUUUUUUACUUUUAAAAAGUGCAUAUUUCCAUGUGUGUUUCCAAUAUAUUUAAUGACUUUGGGUAAUUUUAUCGUUUUGUAAUCCAGCCAUGUUGUUUAGUUAUGUACAUCAAAUUUUGCUACCUGUACUAACGUGUUACACUUAUAUGCGUUUUUUUACCUUGUAAAGAAACAAACUGCAAAAAGUAAAUACACAAACUGCAAAAAGGCAUUCAGACCAACAAACACCAAUUUUUCAAGCAGGUAUUUUUCUACUCUUACGAAAACUUAAAAUGAAAGGUUGGCCAGAUAGGACUUCGGCAAAGCAGUUAAAUGUUUUUUUCACACAGUGAAACUUUGGACUUAUAUUUGCAAAAAUCCAAGAAAAAUUACAAAACAUCAUUUACAAUCUGUCCAUUUUCAUGAAAUUGUUCAGGUGCAUAGCUAAGCUUGAAAUGAUAUUGAAGUCCACUGAAGAUGGUGAUUCCAGAUGUAUGCCCAGUCUCCAAUAUCUUAUGCUCUUCAUAUGAUUUCCUGCCUUUUGGCAACAUUUAUAGUAGACCUUCAUUAAAUAUUUGAAACAAAUUAAUUUUUCAAACAGUAUGAACAAAAAACUUGUCUAGUCAGAUACAGGUUACUGACUGGGUCUACGUCUUGCUACUCAUCUACAGCUUUUCUGUUUUACCUGUGGUCUGCUGUGAUAUACAUAUAUAAUGUCAUCAGAUAGACAGACGUAAACUUUCUUGCUUUGUUGUUUCAUUUGUAAUAAAUAUUGUUAACAUUUUGUUGUGUACAGUCAAAUAUAUUUAUCACAUAAUAAUAUUGACUAGAAAAUAAACCAAUUAAAAUAUAAUUAUUG